AUGAAAACCUGUUUGGUCAAAUGCACAUCCAAAUCGAAACCGACGCAUAUAAAUUCGGCCCGAACCGCGUUAGAAGCAUUAUUCGGUGAUCUUCGAUCGGUCCAGCACGACAGCCAGCAAGCAACAAUGAAGAGCUUCAUCGCCAUUCUGGCUUUUGCGCUGCUUGCGUCCGUCUGCGGCAGUCCGCUGUUCCACAGCCACUCGUCGCACGGUAGAUCCCACCGCUAUUAUCCAGUGGCGGUGCGGGAGGUCGUGAAGGUACCGGAAGUGCACGUCCAGAAAGUGGUCCACCAGGUGCCCGUGUAUGUGCCGGUAGUACGGCCGGUAGUGCACCAUGUUCCGGUAGUGCACCAUGUUCCGGUAGUACAGCAGGUGCCAGUGGUGCAGCACGUCGUUCCCGCUCCCGUUACGACGGAGCGUCCCGUGGACGUUGAGGUCGGUGGUGGAGUGGUUGUGGCCGCCAAUCCAGGGGCGGUACAUGUAGUCAAAACCAAACCAGCCAAAGUUUCGGUGUAA